UGACUUGCACACAGACAGGGCAGGGGUGAGGCAGUACUCUGCUCCAGUUACGUGGAAACGCACAUACAUAGCUCAACUAGUGGGAAAUCUACUACAAUGCAACUCUUAUUCCAACUUUUUGCUCAUACAAUGUGAGGAAGAUGGCCGAGACAAGCUGUGACUGGGUGGAGAUCUUGGAGCCGCGCUCGCAGGAGCGCAUGUACGUGAACCUGGCCUCGGGGGAGUGUGGUUGGGAGCCCCCAGCAGGCGCCGCCGUGCGCCAGUCCGAUGGCAGCCAGUGGUGGGAGCUGUUUGACAGCCACAACAAACGCUUCUACUACUACAACAGUGCCAGUCAGCAGACGGUGUGGCACCGGCCCCAGGCCUGCGACAUCGUGCCCCUGGCCCAGCUACAGGCCAUGAAGAGGAGCUCUGAGACGGGUCUGAGGGGCCCCAUCAAGCCCCAGAGAGGGGGAGGAGGAGGGGAGGGCCGCCGUACAACCCUACCUAACCAGGCCUACCCCAUGCCCCCCGCCCAGGACCCCGACAGCAGCGGGAGGUCCACCCCCUCUAAGGGGCUCUGUGACAGCCUGGAGAGCAGGAACGACACCCCCAGGGACCCUGGUCAAAGAUGGCAGCCAGCUCCGGGGUCGAAGGCAGCCAUGUUGGUGAAGGUGAACAGUAUUGGCAGGAACCAGUCCGUGGUGCCCGCUAGCACCCAGCACCUCAACACACUCAGCCCUGGGAGCCCUGCCGUGUACCAGGUCCACUCAGACAGCCCCAGACCCAUAUCCAGCCCUGCAGGCAAGAUGGCUUCCCCUGUGGACCACAAACAAGCCUUCCACCUGAAGAAGGGAGACAACGGUAACUUCGGCCUGGUGAUGCCCUCCACUGGCAGCCAGGUCUACCAGACUCCACAGAGGUGUCAGGCUGGCACCCCCCAGCCCUCCUCGCCCCAUUACGGUGCCACUCCGCCCAUCUAUGAUGAACCACCCAUGGAAACACCUAUCUAUGACGAGCCCCCGAUGGAGGUGGAGGGGGCCGCCCUCCUGAACAGGUCUUCCACCCCAACCACCAGCCUGCAGAGGGUCCGCCAACCCCAGACCCACCCCCAGACCCAGCCUCAGCAGCAACCCAAGCUGCUUCAAUACCCAGCCUCUCAUCUGGCCUCCAAACACAAGAGGAAUCCCUCCGCCACAGAGUACAGCCCCGCUGGACGGGAGUGCAUCAAACACAUGGUCAACGUGGACCCUGCCACCUGCAAGCAGAGCCCCAUAUCCCAUCCUAUCCAGACAGAGCAGGCCCCUGCUCCAGACACUGACCUGCCCCCCUCUCCAUCCCCAUGCCCAGUCGUGACCCAGCCCAGGCCUAAGGAGGUGAGCCUGGAGAAGAAGCAGUCGUGGCGUCUCCUGGAGACCAGCGUGAGGAAGAACAUGGAUGUCCGACACAGCCGGCAGAACAGUGUGGCCUCCCAGGAGUACCCAGCGCUGGCCGCCGUCACCUACCAGGACUCAGGCUACUCCACCGGGCCCUCGCCCAGCUUGAGGAGGAAGAACCGCCGGAGAGCCCUGGGAGGAGGGGCUGGGGGAACAGGGCAGGGCCGGCCAGGCUCAGUGGGCAGCAGUGGGGAGCUCAGUGCCCUGAAUGAGAAGCUGAUGGCAGAGAUGCGGGUGGUGGUGAGUCGCUCUAACACCCUGCGUGGCAGCAAGGCCAGCCUGGACACUGAGAUGUCUGACAGCUCUGUACCUCGGGCCCGUUCCCCCCUGGACUCCCCGAAGAAGUACAGGGGCCGCAGCGCCUCCCGAGAGGACAUCAGCGCCAGUAACCGCUCUCUGUACCGGACCGGGAGCGGAAGUACCCAUGGCGACGUGCCCCUCUCUCCCCUGGCGUCAGAGGGCAUGGUGCGUCAGAAACGGACCUAUGAGAAGGUGGACACUCUGGAGAAGAGCAUCAUCAGCCAGAACAGCCUGUCCUCCUCGGAGCCCCACAUGUCCCUCUCACAGGCAGGAACGCUGGACUCCAAGGCCCAGUCGGAGAUCUCGUCACAAGGCGGAGGUAAUGGACACAGGGGCACCCCUCAUGGAGUCAAAGUGACUGGAGACAGGAGGGGAGGUGGGGGAGGAGGAGGCGGCAGUGUGGGAUACCAGUACCCUUACACCACCCUCUGUAAACCUCCUCCAGACACCAACAUGGUGGACUGGGCCAGUAAGAACCUGAACCUGCACACCCAGGGCCUGUUCCGCCGCCGCGUCUCCAUCGCCAACAUGCUCUCCUGGAACAGGGGCUCCAUCAAGAAGCCCAUGCUGAUCACCAGCGACCGCACCGUCAAGAAGGAAGCCUGUGAGAUGUUCAAGCUGAUUCAGGGCUACAUGGGGGAUCGUCCGGCCCGGCUGGAGCGCCGUCACACCGCCCUGCUGGUGGUCACUAAGUGCUGGGGAAUGCAGGCCCUGAGGGAUGAGCUGUACGUCCAGCUGGUCAGACAGACCACUGACAACCUGAGCCUGAGGAGCCUGGAGGCCGGCUGGGAAUUCAUGGCCAUCAGCCUGGCCUUCUUCUCCCCCUCGCCCAAGUUCAGAAGCUACCUUGAGGGGUACAUCCAGACACACCUGGAGCCCUCCAACGACAAGAAGAUCAUGCAGCACAUUAUGGAACAACAGGACAUGAAGACCAAGAAGAAUUCAAAGUCCCGGAAGAAGAGGAAGCAGAACAGCGAGGAAGAAGAAGAGGGCCUGCCAAUCAGCACUUAUGCCAAGUACUGCUACCGCAAGCUGCAGAAGGUCGCCGUCACUGGGGGAAAAAAGGGUCUGAGGAAGCCCACCCUGGAGGAGUUAGACCAGGGGAGGAAUGCCAUCGUGACCCCUUCCUUGUUCGGCAGCGCCCUGGAGGAGAUCAUGGAGCGCCAGAGCGAGCUGUUCCCGGAGCGCAGGCUCCCCUGGGUGCAGGUGCAGCUUUCUCAGUACGUCCUAGCCCUAGGAGGGGCCCAGACAGAGGGAAUCUUCAGGGUGCCUGGAGAUAUUGACGAGGUGAAUGCGCUGAAGCUGCAGGUAGAUCAGUGGAAUAUUCCAGAAAACCUUGGGGACCCCAACGUCCCGGCGUCUCUGCUGAAGCUGUGGUACAGGGAGCUGGAGGAGCCAGUCAUCCCUCAGAGCUUCUAUCAGCAGUGCAUCAGUAACUAUGAGGAUCCUGAAGCAGCUAUCAGCGUGGUGCAGUCUCUGCCUGAGCUCAGCAGACUGGUGCUCUGCUACUUUAUACACUUCUUACAGGUGUUUGCUCAGCCCGUCAAUGUGAGUAAGACCAAGAUGGACGUCAAUAACCUGGCCAUGGUAAUGGCUCCCAACUGUCUCCGCUGCCAGUCAGACGACCCACGCAUAAUAUUUGAGAACACGAGGAAGGAGAUGUCCUUCUUACGCAUGCUCAUUGUUCACCUGGACACCAGCUUCGUCAAGGACAUCCUCUGAGGGGGUCAACUCUAUCCCUCUUUAUUAAGGACAUCCUCUGAGGGGUUCAACUCUAUCCCUCUUUAUCAAGGACAUCCUCUGAGGGGUUCAACUCUAUCCCUCUUUAUCAAGGACAUCCUCUGAGGGGGUCAACUCUAUCCCUCUUUAUCAAGGACAUCCUCUGAGGGGGUCAACUCUAUCCCUCUUUAUCAAGGACAUCCUCUGAGGGGGUCAACUCUAUCCCUCUUUAUCAAGGACAUCCUCUGAGGGGGUCAACUCUAUCCCUCUUUAUCAAGGACAUCCUCUAAGGGGGUCAACUCUAUCCCUCUUUAUCAAGGACAUCCUCUGAGGGGGUCAACUCUAUCCCUCUUUAUCAAGGACAUCCUCUGAGGGGGUCAACUCUAUCCCUCUUUAUCGAGGACAUCCUCUGAGGGGGUCAACUCUAUCCCUCUUUAUCAAGGACAUCCUCUGAGGGGGUCAACUCUAUCCCUCUUUAUCAAGGACAUCCUCUGAGGGGGUCAACUCUAUCCCUCUUUAUCAAGGACAUCCUCUGGGGGGGUCAACUCUAUCCCUCUUUAUCAAGGACAUCCUCUGAGGGGGUCAACUCUAUCCCUCUUUAUCAAGGACGUCCUCUAAGGGGGUCAACUCUAUCCCUCUUUAUCAAGGACAUCCUCUGAGGGGGUCAACUCUAUCCCUCUUUAUCAAGGACAUCCUCUGAGGGGGUCAACUCUAUCCCUCUUUAUCAAGGACAUCCUCUGAGGGGGUCAACUCUAUCCCUCUUUAUCAAGGACAUCCUCUGAGGGGGUCAACUCUAUCCCUCUUUAUCAAGGACAUCCUCUGAGGGGGUCAACUCUAUCCCUCUUUAUCGAGGACAUCCUCUGAGGGGGUCAACUCUAUCCCUCUUUAUCAAGGACGUCCUCUAAGGGGGUCAACUCUAUCCCUCUUUAUCAAGGACAUCCUCUGAGGGGGUCAACUCUAUCCCUCUUUAUCAAGGACAUCCUCUGAGGGGGUCAACUCUAUCCCUCUUUAUCAAGGACAUCCUCUGAGGGGGUCAACUCUAUCCCUCUUUAUCAAGGACAUCCUCUGAGGGGGUCAACUCUAUCCCUCUUUAUCAAGGACGUCCUCUAAGGGGGCCAACUCUAUCCCUCUUUAUCAAGGACAUCCUCUGAGGGGGUCCACUCUAUCCCUCUUUAUCAAGGACGUCCUCUAAGGGGGCCAACUCUAUCCCUCUUUAUCAAGGACAUCCUCUGAGGGGGUCAACUCUAUCCCUCUUUAUCGAGGACAUCCUCUGAGGGGGUCAACUCUAUCCCUCUUUAUCGAGGACAUCCUCUGAGGGGGUCAACUCUAUCCCUCUUUAUCGAGGACAUCCUCUGAGGGGGUCAUCUGUUUAUCCGUCCCCAUGCCCUGGAGAGCUGCACUCGUUCAUCAGCCCUCAUAGCUGCUCUGUCUUUCUAUCAUACAACUCUCUACAACUGUCUAUCACCUUAUUCACAACAAGCCCUCUGUUCCUUCACACUUCUCAUCAACCAUAUCACAUCUCAACCCUAGAUCCCCUCUGGUUCACGAACACCACAGCCGGAGGAACACAGACAGUGGACUGCACAAACAGUGAUCGGGUAUCUAGACGGUUUUUCGUGCUCCGAAUCAUCUUCCCUUUUCGUUUGAGACUUUGGGACAAGCUCACAUGUGAUGGUAGUGGGAGACUGUUUAUCCGUUGGAAAGCAGGACAUACAGUACACGGUGUUCUUGCGCUCGUGUUAAUGACUGGAGCGGAAUCAUUGGAAUGGUAUCAAACAUGGUUUUCUAUGUGUUUGAUACCAUUCCAUUUGCGCCGUUCCAGCCAUUAUUAUGAGCCGUCAUCCCCUCAGCAGCCUCCUGUGCUACUGUUUCUGCUCCAAACACUGGACCGUGCUGGCGUGAGAUUCAGCAUGUGAAGAAGAGCAAUCGCAAUACGAGACUAUUAUGCACAAGAAGCAUGUGUGCAGGGAAAAGUCCAGAGACAAAUGUGUAAAUAUGAUGGGGUUUUUUUGUGUGGGGGGGGUUAGUUCCUGCUUUGAGUGCCACAUAUGUAUCUGACUGCCAUGGUUGUGAAUGAGGAUGAUGUCUCAUCACGUUUAGACAUGACAAAUUGAGGGGAAACCCACUACAGACAGAAUCUGUAUUAUACCGUUCUCUUUUCCUUUAUUGUAACAGUGUAUGCAGGCAACGCUUUCCUUCGCAUUUCAUUUGGAACGCUUUUUUGACUAAUUUGAAUAUGAAUUCUGUCUGUGUUGCCAGAGCUGCAGGAUGAGUUGAUGGGUAAGGUUCAGACUUUCCCUGACCGCAGAGAGACAGAUUAAUAAUAUUUAUUUCUAAACCGUUUCUCUUAUAAGAAAAAUGAUAACCCAUCAGUUACGCAGAGAUGCGUGUACAUAUGUGAGAGACAGAGUCUUGGAUUAAAACACAGGCCUAUUCUCCUCAGUGGUGGAGUUGGUGGGGGGGGAGCUAGGGAAAAUUUGUGGAGCACUUUCUGCUGUUUUACUCCAGACAAUUACAUUUGGCUUAUUUUGGAGAGGGCCAAAAAAUAUUUGUUAUCCUCCCUUCAGUGGAACACAAUUAUACCUUUGAUGGAGCUUGUAUAAAUGCUAAUUUUAGCUAUUAGCAGGUCAGGGGAAAAGGAUGCAGGAGAAAAUGAGAUCGCUGCCUGGAACUAAAGCCACGCAGACAGUUGUGGAUUUACAGUGCGAGCCAAAGGGAGAGGCAGUCUGGCAGUGGUUUUAGGGUCUGGGGGUACAUUAGUUUAGUCCCAUAUACUGGGAGGACAAAAAACAAGCCGAUUUAGUAUUUUUAGACAAUAUUGCCUAACAAGGACUUUCCUAUUCCUCAAAAUCUUGUGCCACAUAAGGAGAAGAGGGUUUAAAAUCCAUAUUUCAGCUGUCUUAAGGGCCAUGCGGUCUCUGUUAUAUUUAGCGGUGCGGUCAGGGUUUAGGUUUUAAUGCCCCACAUGUUUUCUCUGUGUCUACUUCAUCUUAGUGAUGGGGUCUGUGCUGCGAGGCUUGUGUGUAUGUGUGUGCACGUGUACGUAAGUACUUGCACGUGUGUGUAUGUUUGCCGACUAUGUGUGUGUGUCAACUGUAAAUGUGUGUGUUUGUGUGGUAGGAGUCUGUUCAUAUAGCAUAUACUUCGUAGUUACUGGAAGCUGGAGCCCCUAAAUUAGAGGGUGUGUUUAGCCAGAAAAAUGCAUCUAGAGGUUAUAUGGUUGUUAACCCCUUUUCUGCACUCACAGCAUUUACAGCGGCCGCUCCUUCGUUUCCUGCAUUAAUGCUUUACUGUUAGUCUUACGAACACCCAAGCCACCAGAGUUGGGUACUCCAUAGCCACAUCAGGGGACACUACCCAGCUUUCUCCUCACCUCUAGCCAGCAGGGGCAGCUCUGAGGUGGGGUGGAGGAUGGCUAGGCAGUGCCAGUAGUUCUGGGAGUGCAUGAGAAAUAUAUACUGAGCCUGCAGAACGAGGAGGAAGAUUUCAGGGGCCAAUAGUCACUGGUCUAUUGCUAAAGUUGUUGUAUUUGUAUCACAAUGUGAUAGUGUUCUUCUAGAAUCUAUACACAGACCUUGAAUAAAACAGCCGAGGACCUGUAACUUUUAAGACACUGAACUCCGGAAGCUCUGGUUGAACUAUUCUCCAUCCUGUGUUCUUCAGUGGCUGAUGAUGAAUAUAUACACAGUGUUAUAUAUGAAUAGUAGCAUGGUCUUUGGUCACUGAAUGUUCACAACAAUGACGGUUAUAAUAACAUGAUUCCACAAAAUUGUGGAAAAAAGUUCCAUUCUUCAGUAAUGUCAUUAUUCUCUUUGUUUGACACCAAUGCUUAUGGUGCGAGUCAACGGUGUAAUUUCUUGAUUUGAUAAAUCAUUUUUGACUCUAUUUUGUUCCUAACUGGAAUGAGUGUUGAUAAUGUUUGUUGAGAUGAUAGAGAAACGGAAGUGUGUCUUGUUUAGAUUGUGUUUGAUGACAGUUACAACAUGUGUGCGUCCCCGUCCAUUGCACAUAUGCUUCCUCUUCCCUGGCCCUCACAUGAUGGGUGCUAUUGACUCUUGUUGUAAAUAUGCUUGCAGGUCUUUUGGAUAUGCUGGUGUGUGUGUGUGUGUGUGUGAGUGUUUGAAAACAAGAAAAACAGCAACGGUGAUUGUGUGGAUGGAUUUAUUUCAUAAAUAAUUGAAAAAAUAAAGUUUGUAAACUAAA